AUGUCUCAGAACGCCGAUGCCGUUGCCAACCAGGGCGAAUUCGCAGGCCAUGUCAAGCCCAGCGAGCCUCUCUUGACAGGUGGACACCAGAUCGGAAAGAAGGUCUCAGAAGCCGAUCACGCACCUGAGUUCCACGCCCAAACUCUUCCUGCUGGCUCAGCCCCAAAGGCCGACACAUACACCCCCAAUCCCGACAUCAACAACCAGAAGACCUUCACCAGCGCCUCGUCAACACUGGUCGGUGCCGACUCAGGUUCCGUACACACCGGUCUCGGACACCCCGGCCAGGGUCAGUCGAGCUCUGAGCUCCGCGACAACUCGACCCAAAGUGGUGGCAGCGGUGGUCUUGCUGGAUUGAAGGAGAACCACGGCCAGGGCAACAUUGCGGAUCUGAAGGACGACCCGACACAUGCUAAGCAGAGGAACUUGACCCAGGAUGCGGCUGGUACACGGGGUAACACUGGUGGUCUUCCGGCGCAGGAGAAGGAGCCGGAGUCUGCUGCGCAGGUCAACACUGAUAGGUAG